CAAGGCAAAUUAUAAGUGGAAAAUCAAUUUGAAGGAAAGAAAUUUGAACUAAGUUAAGGUGCCACGUCCUGGGAGAGAAGCCCAGGCCUAUCUGAAGUCUGCAUCCUCCGCUGACAAACUCAGGGGGGCUUGAUUUAAGGAAGGGGGGGUACUAGAUUUUUUUUUUAAGUGAAGGGGGUACAGUGAGUACAGGUAGGAAGUGAAACUGGUACUACUACCCAAAACAGGCCAUCAGAGAAAGAAAAAAAGGAUGGAGGGCAAAAUGUACUCUCGGUAUUUUUAAUUUUGUAAAGCCUUUUAAUGACUUCUUCAAGGCCGAACACCUGCAGCAGAGGUGUAAUUCUGAUUGAUUAAGGGGGCUUUUGGUAAGCCCUAGAAUGAAAUUACUCCAUUACUAAUCCAGCAAAGAGGGGACCCACUAUGUCCCGGUUUACCAUCCUUUGCCGGUUCCUUUCUGCUGGGCAUAAAACCAUGCUCACCAAUCCCACCUAAAACAGGAGACAAGGAGCCCGGCUUUUUGUGCAAGCAGGGGCUGUAACUGCCCUCCUGUUCUGCCCCAAGACGAAACAGGACUCUCGGCAGCCGAGGGAGGCGUAAGAAGUCUUUCUGGACCCAUUGCGAGCAUCGUGAGGAGCUAAGGCAUUUAUUGGGCCGACCAACCGGCCUCCGAGGGGGCCACGAGCGCACAGAGGUCCAGGAUGGGCUUGCUGAAGGGCCUUCUCCGAGCAAGGAAACUGCUGCUGGUCAUCUCGGUGCCACUCCUGCUGCUGCCUCUGCCCAUGCUCCACUCCAGCAGCGAGGCUGCAUGUGCAUACGUGCUGAUCGUGACUGCUGUGUACUGGGUGUCUGAGGCGGUGCCUCUCGGAGCUGCAGCCCUGGUGCCCGCCUUCCUCUACCCAUUCUUCGGAGUCCUCCGAUCCAGCGAGGUGGCAGCCGAGUACUUCAAGAACACCACGCUGCUGCUGGUGGGCGUCAUCUGCGUGGCGGCCGCCGUGGAGAAGUGGAACCUGCAUAAGCGCAUCGCUCUGCGCAUGGUCAUCAUGGCUGGAGCCAAGCCAGGCAUGCUGCUGCUGUGCUUCAUGUGCUGUACCACGCUGCUGUCCAUGUGGCUCUCCAACACGUCCACCACCGCCAUGGUGAUGCCCAUCGUGGAGGCCGUGCUGCAGGAGCUGGUCAGCGCCGAGGAGGAGCAGCUCGUGGCCAGCAGCGCCGGCACCGAAGAUGCCGAGCCCAUCAGUCUUGAGGUCAACAACAGCCAACCUUCUCUGGAACUCAUCUUUGUCAGUGAAGACACCUCGACUACAGACUCCACUUCUCUGAUGCAGAACAAGAACCUGAAUGGCGUGUCCACAGUCAGCAAACCCGUCAAAACAGCAAAGCACCAGAGCAAGAAGCAGCCCCCACCCCAGGAAAAGCCACCAGUCCUGAGCCCCGGCGCCAGGACCCAGGGAGUCAACAGGAAGUACAAGUCCCAGCACGACCAAAUGAUCUGCAAGGGCCUCUCUCUGAGCAUAUCGUACGCGGCUACCAUCGGGGGCCUGACCACCAUCAUUGGCACCUCCACCAGCCUCAUCUUCUUGGAGCACUUCAACAACCAGUAUCCAGCCGCAGACGUGGUCAACUUUGGCACCUGGUUCCUGUUCAGCUUUCCCAUCUCCCUCAUCAUGCUGGUGGUCAGCUGGUUUUGGAUGCACUGGUUGUUCCUGGGCUGCAAUUUUAAAGAGACGUGCUCUCUGAGCAAGAAGAAUAAGACCAAAAGGGAAGAGUUGUCAGAGAAGAGGAUCCGCGAGGAAUACGAAAAGCUGGGAGCCAUUAGCUACCCUGAAAUGGUGACUGGAUUUUUCUUCAUCCUGAUGACCGUGCUGUGGUUCACCCGGGAGCCUGGCUUUGUUCCCGGCUGGGAUUCUUUCUUUGAAAAGAAAGGUUACCGUACCGACGCCACCGUCUCCGUCUUCCUUGGUUUCCUCCUCUUCCUGAUUCCAGCGAAGAAGCCUUGCUUUGGGAAAAAGAAGGAUGAUCCAGGGGAAGACAAGGAGCCCUCGCUGGGGAUGGAGCCCAUCAUCACGUGGAAGGACUUCCAGAAGACCAUGCCCUGGGAGAUUGUCAUUCUGGUGGGAGGAGGCUACGCGCUGGCUUCUGGCAGCAAGAGCUCCGGCCUCUCCACGUGGAUUGGGCACCAGAUGCUGACCCUAAGCAGCCUCCCGCCGUGGGCUAUCACCCUGCUGGCAUGCAUCCUCGUGUCCAUUGUCACAGAGUUUGUGAGCAACCCAGCCACCAUCACCAUCUUCCUGCCCAUCCUGUGCAGCCUGUCGGAAACGCUGCACAUCAACCCACUCUACACCCUCAUCCCGGUCACCAUGUGCAUCUCCUUCGCGGUGAUGCUGCCUGUGGGCAACCCCCCCAACGCCAUCGUCUUCAGCUACGGGCACUGCCAGAUCAAGGACAUGGUGAAAGCUGGCCUAGGGGUCAAUAUCAUUGGCCUGGUCAUCGUGAUGGUGGCCAUCAAUACAUGGGGUGUUAGCCUCUUCCACCUGGACACUUUCCCAGCCUGGGCUGAGGUCAGUAACAUCACCGAUCAGGCCUAACACUGCUGGGCAAAUGGCCCAGCCAGAGGAGCUGUCGGCACCCAGCAGAACCUGACCCACAGGCCGAGGAAACCACCAGGAGCACACAACCCCCACCAGAACAUUCCGCCAUCUACCACCUCAAGUGAGCUGCAGGAAGCCUCCAACCACCAAACACACAAGCUUGGAUGUCAGUGUCUUCUUCUCUGCCCUCCUUCCUUAGCACCCGAGCUCAAGAAAACCUCACCCCUUCUGACUUCCUUGUAUCCAGUCCCUCCAAUCCUUUCUGGACAGGAAGAGAAGCGAGCCUUAGUUGCCCUCAAGAGGCAAAGCCUCACAAACUUACUAGCCUCACUAGGCUUGAGGUCAUUCUUAUUUUUUUAAUCCCUUUUUAGGAGUUAAAGGAGAAAUCCAAAUCAUCCUAUCUAUGCAAAGUGACAGCGAAACCAGUGACAUCUCCUCUUCUGGAGGAAAAUCUCACCCAGAACUUGAGACCUGACAUAAUUAGCUGCUUUCUCUUAAGCGUUUCUAUCCUAAGUUCUCUCCACAAAAAAGCAAUUCUUUGUGGCAGUCAGUCCUCUUUUAGCACACUCUGAUUCCCUUUUAAGCAUCUCUCUUCAGUGGCUUCUCUUUACCUUGGCACCACAUUCCUGUAAAGAAACAGUGUUCCCCUUUCGAAAAAAGCUGAUGCUGUUCUCGCUGUCAAGGGAAAAGGAAGUAGAGGAAGAAGACACACUGAUUAGCGUCUCUCUCCACUCAUCACUGCCCAUCAAUUUCAUCGUGUUGGGUCAGUGCUGAGAGAGAGAAAAUUGUCAUACCCGUCUUAUGAAGGAGGCCAAAACUAUAACUAAGACCACAGCACUAUUAAUGAUGUUUGACUGGCUUUCUUCUUCUGGGUGGAAGGAGAAGACACACACGUACAGAAAGGUCCAAACACAUCAGUCACUUGCUACAAGUAGAUGAGCUCUUUCAGGGGAGAGGAGAUGUCUUAUGUCUCUUACCGUCCCCAGCAACUUACACACUAUAGUAAACUGUAACUGCUCAAUAAAUGUUUUCCUUGAGAA